GUAAAGAAUCACAAAAAUUCAAAAAUAUUACAAGACAGGAGAGAGAGAAAGAGAAAGACAGAGAGUGGGAGGAAGAAGACAAGAGCAAGAGCAGAAAGAAGAAAUGGCAACCUUUGCAGGGACAACCCAGAAGUGUAAAGCCUGUGAAAAGACUGUAUAUUUGGUGGAUCAGCUCAGAGCAGACAGUAAGGUCUACCACAAGGCAUGUUUCAGAUGCCACCACUGCAAGGGCACUCUCAAGCUCAGCAAUUACAACUCCUUUGAAGGAGUUUUAUACUGCAAACCACACUUUGAUCAGCUUUUCAAAAUGACUGGUAGCCUGGAUAAGAGUUUUGAAGGGGCUCCAAAAACAGUGAGGGAAAGAACUGCUGAUCAGGGACACUCAAGCACUAAAGUUUCAAGCAUGUUUGUCGGAACUCAAGAUAAAUGUGUGGCUUGCAAUAAAACAGUUUACCCCAUUGAAAAGGUUGCUGUUGAUGGAACCUCAUACCACCGUCCUUGCUUUAAGUGCAGCCAUGGUGGCUGUGUGAUCAGUCCAUCAAAUUAUGUAGCACAUGAGCAUAAGCUAUAUUGCAGGCAUCACCACACUCAGCUUUUCAGGGAAAAAGGAAACUUCAGCCAGUUGGAUACGAGCGAUAAAUCUAAGGUUGUCAAUGGGAACAGCAAUGGGAACGGCAAUGGCAUCACCGGAUCAGUUUAAUAUUAAAUCACAUUUAGCGCGGUCAUAUAUAUCAUCUGGUAUCCUGAUGUUGAACGAACUUCGGGAUAACUUUUCAUGGAGGAGUCUGUUGCCGUUGGGGUAAACAUGAUAGGGAGCUUUCAAAAAUGCUUUAUGAAGUAGUUUACACACUUAGAGUUUCAUUCAGUUGCUGAAUCAUGCAGUCAUUGUCAUGACAAUGGGUUUCAAGUAUUUUCAUCAAAUCAUUCCAUAGGCCAUUGCUGUUGUUGCCCCUCUUAUGACUGCUAGAAAACCUUGUGAUACUCUGAUGCUUUUACAAGUGAACAUCAAUUCGUGUGUGAUUAAUAGUUUAUGCAUUUCUAUUAGUGAUAUUUUUCCCAAAUUUGUGCCUCCGGAAUCAGCUCAUUCUCAUUAUUCUACCAAGCUUAUCAGCA